AUGGAAGAAGAGCGUAUGAGAGAGAGGAAGCGGGGAACAGGCGUGGUGGAAGUGUCAGGGAAGAUGGCAGAGGCGUGGGUGUGGGGAGAACGUGAGGAGAGAGACGAAGAAGGAGGUGGUGUGGGGUGGUGUCAGAGGAGAAACGUGGGUGUGGUGGAGGUUGACGAUGAAAGAGGGGUGUCAGGGGUAGCGCUUGCUGCCAUUUUGGUUUCGAGUGCAAUUGGGGUGUGUAUUCCAGUACUUGGAAAAGCAAUUCCCGCCCUAAGCCCAUAUAAGAAUUUUUUCUUCAUAAUUAAAGCUUUCGCGGCUGGUGUGAUCCUGGCCACAGGUUUUAUACACGUACUUCCUGAUGCAUUUGAAAGUUUAACAUCGCCGUGUUUGAAAGAACACCCGUGGGGAGAUUUUCCUUUUAGUGGAUUUUUGGCAAUGGUUGUUGCAAUGGGGACUCUGAUGGUGGAUACUUGUGCAACUUCUUAUUACAAUAAGAAAGGUAUGAAAAGUGGAGUGGUGACUCAGUCUCGAGAUGAAGAAGGAGCUAUUAAUGUUCAUUCGCAUGCCGCACAUGGACAUGCACAUGGUUCAUUAUUAGUGACGGGUGAUUCUGAGUCAGAGCUCCUUCGUUAUCGUGUUAUCUCUCAGGUUUUGGAACUAGGGAUAAUUGUACACUCUGUGACUAUUGGAAUAGCUUUGGGUGCUUCUGGAAGUCCCAAAACUAUAAGGCCUCUCAUAGGUGCUUUGACUUUUCAUCAAUUUUUCGAAGGCAUGAGACUUGGUGGAUCUAUUGCUCAGGUAAUUACACAUUUAUUCUCAUGUUAUAUGGAUAACUAA